AUGGUAUGAUGGUAUGUCAAUGUUACUUUCUUCAUAACCUAAAAUAUUUUGAUCUGGUUGGUUUCUGAUUACGUGCUUUGAAAAGCAAGAAUUUAAAUAAUACUGACACAAAUAAGUAUUUAAAAAGUACUGAAUCUCAAUAAUUAAUGGUUGGCACCCUAUACACAAUAUGUUUCGUAGCCGGCUUUUGCAAAUCGCGCAGUUAAGCGCUGUUGGACUGACGGGAUUUUACUUAGGACAAAAUAAAGAUCAAUUUAGUAUUUUCAACAACGAUGAUUCAAUUAUUAUUGAUGGGAAACGGUUAAGGAGUAUGCCUGGGCUUCCUGUCUUCGGUACGGUGUCGGCUGCAACUCCAUAUACAGAUUCUGGCACCAGUAAAGACCGGGUAUCACAAAUAAUGAAGUUUGGCUUCCCUAGUCUGGACAACAUCAGGUCGUAUGAUGACUUCAUUUUGUCUUAUGAUCGUCGAAACCGAGUACCAAACUGGGUGUUUGAGCACAUUACUGCAGAGCACAUAGCUAAGAAUGACCAGGUGGAUAGAAGUAAAUGUGAAUUCCGACCUGAUGAGAGUAUACAUCCAUUCUUCAGAUCUCAGAACUCAGAUUACAAAGGCUCCGGGUUUGACCGCGGUCACAUGGCGGCCGCCGGCAACCACAGGCUCUCACAGAAACAUGUCGACCAAACAUUCUUCCUCACUAAUAUGGCACCACAGGUAGGAGAAGGCUUCAACAGGCAUGCAUGGAAUACUUUGGAGAGACAUGUGCGCAAACUGACCAGAGUCUACAGCAAUGUGUAUUGCUGCACGGGACCACUGUAUCUGCCUAGGAGAGAGUCGGAUGGUAAAUCAUAUAUUCGUUAUCAAGUGAUUGGUGCCAACACAGUGGCUGUGCCCACCCACUUCUAUAAGGUGGUAGUAGGGGAGAGCAAGGAUGGUACUUUAGACAUGGAAGCUUACGUCAUGCCCAACCAGAAGAUACCUGAUGAGACACCCAUGUCUGCUUUCAUGGUGCCACCAGAGUCAAUCGAGAAAGCCGCAGGUCUCUUGUUCUUUGACAAGAUUCAUAGAAGUAAACUUAACAAAAUAAAUGGCAAAAAGGUAUAAAAUAUACCUCCGUAUUAGUAAAUAUUAGUUUCUAUAUUUUUACAUUAUAUACAGGCCAUGGUCUAGGGGCCACAUUAACAAAAGAAGGAUUAGCCAUAGACUGCAUGCUUGGCAGGCGGAUUGGAGAUCACUGCAUAAAAGGACCAGGUUUAUAAGAGAAUGCUGCAGCCUGGUCUCCGUUAAAAUGAAAUAUGUAAUCCCUUAGCUGAUACAAUCCCCACAAGAAAUAGUAAUGGUGGUGGUCAGAGAUGUAUUUUAGUCUGCUGUCACACGGAGGAUAUUUUUAUAUUAUUUUAAAUGAAUUUUAGAUCUAUUGUAUUGAGAGUAGUUUGUGUAAAUAAGUUCUAGUCUUUAUGCUAUAUCAUUAUGUUAAUAAAUUUUAUUAUUAUUGUUUCGA